AUGUUGCUGGCCAACAUUGGCCUCGCAAGUGGUUCGACUAACUUGCGACUGAUCUCUUACAACAUCCGUUACGCCACAACAUCACCAUCGACCGGCGAAGAACCAUGGGCUGUCCGGCGGCCUUUGAUGGCCUCUCAGAUCAACUUUGAAACCGCCAAUCGCCCGGAGGCUUUGAUCUGCAUGCAAGAGGUACUCAAUCAGCAACUCGUCGACCUCCAGUCGGAUCUUGGAAGCGCUUGGAAUCACGUUGGGGUUGGUCGGAACGACGGUGCACAAGACGGAGAGUACUCGCCCAUUCUCUACCAAACAGACACCUGGCAACUAGAGAGAAACAAGACCUACUGGCUCAGCGAGACCCCCGACGUGGUGGGUUCUACAGGAUGGGAUGCUGCCUUGCCGCGUAUCGUCACAGUUGCGCAGUUCAAGCAUCGCACAACAGGUGUGCCUCUGGUAUUCAUGUGCACGCACUUUGACCAUAUCGGGACCGUUGCCCGGAACGAGAGCGCCAAGUUGAUCAUCAAGAUCGCCGAUGAGUGGAAGGACCAAGGCUCCAACUCAACGAAGCCCGCUCCUGUGUUUCUGGGCGGUGACUUGAACAUUGAGCCUACCAAGGAGGGAUACAAGUCUCUGACUGCCCCAGGCGGAUUCAAGGAGAUCAAAGACCUCGUCCCCAAGACACACUGGUACGGCAACACCAAGACGUCGACUAGCUUUACUACAUCCACCUCGGACGAUAUCCGGAUUGACUACCUGUUCGUGCGCGAUCCUCUCGACUUCCAAUUCUUGACGUAUGGAGUCUCGACCAACAAAUUCGAGGAUGGGGUGUAUAUCUCAGAUCAUCGGCCAGUGGUGGUGGAUGCAAAACUGCCGGCAUGA